CUUAUUUAAGCCUUUAUUUUAAGUCCCAUGCACCAUAUAUUAAUUAGAUAAAGAAGAGCUCACACACAAAGCUUACUCAAUGUCAGCUCGAGCCUCAUUCCACCAAAACUUUAGACACCUAAUUGCAAGCAACAUAGGCUAAAAUAUGAGCUGGGACAUUGGAUUUACACCUCACAUGUGAGAAAGCAAUAGAGGGGAAGGUGCUAGCUAAAGCUUUAAAAUAUUAAAUGAUAGUGUGGAUAGUCCAUACAAGUGAAUUAGUUCUCAUUGCAUUUAUCACAGAGAGAAAGUCUGAAUAAAAAAUCACAAUAUCCAUACCUCACUCAUUUUCCAUAAGUAAGCUCCAUCCCACAGCCAUUGCUUCUGCAAUCAGAGGAUCCAUUCUUUGAGCUAUAUAGUGGGAACUUGCUACUAGUAAAUUUCCUCUAUGAGAACGAGCCACGACUCCAAAGCUCGUUGAGCUCUCCCCUGUCCAUCCCGCAUCUAUGUUGAUUUUCAUCCUUGUUUACCUCCACAUCUUGGCUUCGUUUUUCCUAAGCAUUUGUACACCCUAUGAGAGCUUUCACAGCAUCGUCUAUCACAAAGGUUGGUUCAGGCUAUGAGUUCUUGAAUAAGAGAUCGUUGCGUGCCAUCCAAAUUGCGCAGGUGUUAUGUAAAAUUUGUGUCGCGAGGUCCUCUGUCUUGUUUGAGCAAAUGUUUUUAGCCAAUCAGCAAAACUGGUUUCGAUCUGGUCUAUACGCACACUCAGAGGAUGGUGAAACCAAGCAGCACUAGCCUAGACACAGUAGAGAAAAAUGUAAAAUUGGGAUUCAGCUAGAAUGGCACGCCUCUCUGAAGAUGACAUUCUUCGCUUCCGUCGUGAACAGCAAGAAUUGAAAAACAAACCUUCUCCUGCCAAGACUUUGACUGAACCUGAAGGAAGCCACUCUGAAACUAACAAGAAUCCCGCCCCGAAAAGAAGGAAAAGAAAUCAAGAUUCUGAGAAGCCUACGGAGAAGGCUAGCAUUCAGUCUUCAAUGAAAAAGUUUGUAUCCAAAGGUGCCAACCAAAAUGGAUCUUCCAGCGCCCUGCCCCCUUCAUGGAAGUAUGAACUUAAAGAGUUUGAAGACAUGACUGCAGAAGAAGUCACUUCUUUAUGGGAUUCCCGUAUCAACUUCAAUACCCUGGUGGAUACGAACCUUGUGUUCGAGGCUGACAGAGAGAAAAUAAGAAAAAUUGGGCUUCAGGAAGCCUGUCAAGCUGUUAUGACCAAGAGCCUGGAAAUUGCUGCAAUUUCAAAAAUGAUAGAACUUGAAUCCAGUAGCUUCGAUGGGCUUUCUACGACCAAGAAGCUUGAAGACAAGGAAAAAGAGAACGCCCAAUUGAAAUCGACCAUGAAACUGUUGGAAAAAUCUAACAAAGUCAAUGAGAAAAAAGCCGCAGACCUGGCUUUGGAACUUGAGAAAUUGAAGAAGACCUUUGAAGAAAACAAAGCCUUGAUGAAGGCGAAAGAAGAAGAGAAUAAGAAGAUGAAGGAAGAGGCAAGCCUUUUCGUCUCUGAGAAUACAGAUUUGAAGGAAUCUGUCACCAAUCUUUCCACCGAAACCACCUCCUUGAAGGCCUCCAUCCUCUCCCAACUUGAAGCUGGCUUUAACAAGGCCAAAGAGCAAAUUCUGUUCCUCAACCCAAACCUGCCCAUGAACACUGAUGGUAUUGAUCCUUAUGCAAGGAUCAUUGAUGGAAAGUUGGUUCUGCCCAACUUCGAGGAAGAAGAAGAAGAAGAUGAAGAAGAAGAAGAAGAAAAUGAAGGAGAAAGAAAUGACGACAAAGGUGAAGACGCCAAUGACAAGGAGGGUGCAGGAGAAAACCACUGAUCCUUCGCCCGAACAAUAGAGAAUGAUGUUUUGUUUCCUACUUGGUCUUAUACCAAGUGGAUGAUGUAGUUUCUUGCUUUCCUGCUUUUCAAUUAUCUCUGGUCUGUUUAAGGCGUACCGCCUCUCCUUUAUUUUAAUACAAGCGUUCUUAUGUUGAAAAUCUCAUUGUUAUUGCUAAACCUUAACUCUGCAUCGCCCUUCCUCACCUAGACUCAUCACUUCCACUUAUGAUAAUAUGAUUAACUCCAAAGUAACGUAUCAAUAAUAUGAACAAAUGAAAAAUCCCUAAACAACACAUCAAUAAUAUGAACAAAUGAAAAUAAAUCACAGCCCAUAUACCUUUCACCCGGAUUCCUUUUAAUCACAGAACGAUGGGUUCAUUCAAGCUUUCCACGCAAAGGAAACUUUCAUAGUUUUGCACAAAAGGAAAACUUUGAUAUUUCUUUAACAACUAUUCUUUGAAUUCAUAAGGCCUUUGUAAUUUUGAAUUGAAUCAAAAAUAAAGAGAUCAGAAGCGCAAUUUGUUCUGAUAUAGAAAUUUGCUCGCUUGGAGACUUUGUGCUUAAGUUGGACAAGCUUAAUCCAAGUUAAGGCUAUGCUUAUGAAUUCGUUGCCAAACGCUCUAGUUUUAAGAGACUUACUCUUUCUCAAUUGUCUGGAAUCGCCCAAUUGAUAGACCUAAGUUGAAAAGUAACUUAAAUGCUAACAAAGCACUCAAGAAUUUUUUAAAGGUUAUGCCUCGUUAAAAACUCUCCCGCCUGGGGUAGAGAAAAGAGUGCAUACCUGUUUUUUUCAUUAAAAUUUAACAUCAUGCCUCGUUAAAAACUCCCUCUAAUGGGUAGAGAAAAGAGUGCAUGCUACUGAGUCUUACUAAACAACCACAUAGUCUUGGCACUUAAACAAGUACAGGAACCACCAAACAAAUAAACACGACGUAGUCUUUGGACAGAAUAGAACACACUGAAACGAAAUGAACAGAACACAACUUUAACUGUAGUAGUAGCGCAAGUGUUGGGCGUUCCAGGCUCUUAGAACCCUGCGCCCAGACAACUCCUCCAAGUGGUAAGCCCCUUGCCCCAAAUCUCGCAGAAUUCUAUAUGGACCUUCCCAAUUAGGUGUCAGCUUUGAAUCAGUUGGACUUUUUGCCUUUCUACGUAAUACCAAAUCGCCCACUUUCAUGCUCCUAGGCACCACUCGUGUAUUAUAACGUGGACUGGGCGGGACAUAAAGAAGAUUAUGUCCCGCCCAAAAUGAACAAUAAACCAUUGAAGAUAGCCAUGGCGGGAAAUGCGACACAACGAGCUUCUUCGUCCUCCCUUAGAUGAUGGACCCACAAGCCAGCUGGAAGAUUCCUUUGGAUUUGUCUUAUAUG